GGAGACAUACCGGACAAUGGGCAGCGCUCUGGUGCGUGCGUGUGUGCUACGCAGCGACCACUGACGGUUUCAGAGACAGAUAUUUAUGGUUUUGAAGGUGUGGAGAGAGAGAGAAAGAGAGAGAGAGAGAGAGAAGCAGCAUCGCUGCAGCCCUUUCUGGAUGGAAUGUCGAGCGUAGAUGAUAAAAAUCUACCUUCCGCACGUCAAGAAGCGACGUCGAUACCGUUACAUUGCCUCUCACUUCCAAACAGCGAGGUGAUUGUUUGGCGAAGACUUUCUUCGAGGGAAAGACGGUCGAUAACGUCCUUCCAGCGCGUGCACGCUGGGCACCGAGCGCACAGUUUCAGGAGCUAAAUGACAAGCGGCGUUCGCAGAUCUGAACCAACUGUUCGGGUGCUUAUUGGGAGGCGUCUCUAACUUUGCGCGCUAGAUAUGUGCGGAUAACACACGCGACAAAGCGUUUUUUCAACGAGAAAGGAAUUUGGGUACGUUUCAGUGCGUGUACAGGUAAUUUCUACAUUACAAGGCCAUCCCACGCGUGUCUCUGGUUGCUAUAGGAACUGAUUUGGCCUGGUAUGGCUGGGAAGCUUCACAAUGCGAGAGACAAAACAAAAGCAUGACAUCAUCAGUCCACUCGGCGCUCAAGAGGGGAGGAUAGGGCACAUACACCUUGAGAAGGCAUUGUGUACACAGUUAAAGUUUUCAUCGCCUGCAGCCAUGGUGGUAAGACCUGCCCUCCACCUUCUCCUGCUCCUCUCUUUGACUGUCUCCAGCUCUUCUGAGGGCAUAACUCACGAGGAAGUCCCACCCCCUCCUCGAGGGUGUGGCUCUGGCGUGGCCCGCCCCUACUGGGUGCUGUGCGACCUGGAGUCAGCGUGGGGCGUGGUCCUCGAGGCCCUCGCGUGUGGCGGUGCUGUGUCAUCCUUGGGGCUGGCCGCGGUGCUCCUCGCCAGGCUGAAGAUGGUGACGGAGGCAGGGGGCCGCAGCGGCGUGGGACCCCUGCUCCUGCUGCUGCUGGGCACGGCCAGCCUGUUCGGCCUGUCCCUGGCCUUCGUGGUGGGGCGCGGGGAGGCGUUGUGCGUGGCACGCCGUGCCCUCUGGGGGGCACUGUUUGCGCUGUGCUUCUCCUGCCUGCUGGUGCAGGCCGUGCGCCUGCGCAGGCUGGUGGCAGGCGGCCGCGGCCCCGCCGGGAGCUCGCUUUCUGGGCUGGCGCUCGCCCUCACGCUGGUGCAGGGUGUGAUCAACGCCGAGUGGCUGCUGCUGACAGUGGCCCGCGAGGGUCACGCCGCCUGUGAUUACCCCCCGCUGGACUUCGCGCUAGCCAGCGGCUAUGCCCUGAGCCUGCUGCUGGUUGCCACGGCGACCUCGCUGGGGGUGGUGCUGUGUGUCGGGCGUGGCCGGGAUGAGGCCAGUAGCAGCGCCGGCAGCAAGAGGCGCAGGUGGAGGUGCAACGCUGUCUGGCUUUUCCUCUGCUGCCUCACCUCCCUUCUCAUCUGGGCUGGCUGGCUCGGGUUCUAUCUCUACGGUGAUGCCGCCGUGGCGACUGCUGUGACAGGCUGGGAUGAGCCAGCGCUGGCGGUCGCCCUGGUGACGGAGGGAUGGAUGCUGCUGUUGUUCCAUGCUAUACCGGAAGCCCACCUGUGCCUGCGGCAAGCCAAUCAGAGGAGCGAGGAGGCGGGGCAGGAUUACUACGAUGCCCGGAAACCUCUGACAUCACAGGGUUACCAUGACGACGAGGCACCAACCAAUACCAGAGCAGCCUACUCAGAAAGGCAGGCUUUUUCCAUAGAGGAACAUAGCACAGCUGUACAGGCUGGGGGCUACCAUACUGGAGUAAUACGGCCCACACUUCCAUUCAGAAGCCAUGUGUACCAGCCCACUGAGAUGGCCCUGCUGAUGAACGGGGGCACGAUCCCUACGGCUCCCCCGAACUAUACCAGAAGAAAUUUGUGGUGAAAACCACAACCGCAGCAACACAGCCCAGUUGUCAUUUGGUCAAAAUGCCUUUAGAUGAUGUCACAGGGUCGAAGGGCACACAGCAUGGGUCCAGUGUCCAUGGCGAGCGAACAAACAUACACCAGUACUCGUGAAGCUGUGUCCAAGUUUUAUUGUGAUAUUUUAAUAAUUUAUAGACUAAAAACUAAACCUGAGAUAUGGUGGGGGUCACACACUGAUUUUGCACUAGUUGUUCAAAGUCACUUUUAAUCACCUAUAGUGACAAGAUAACUCUGAAACAGGUACUGUAUUAUUAUUAUUAUCAACUAGCCAGUCAUUAGUAACUAGCCUGUCUUCUCUUUCCUACAAAGCACUGCAAUACUUUAAUAAUAAGUAUUCAGUAAUACUUAAAUAAUAAUUUAUAUUGACAGGAAGAAAAAUUUUUUUUUUUUUGUAUUUUGUAAUGGCUUAUUGCUUAGGCUAUAUGGUGAGUUGACUGAGUAGUUAAAAAUAGUUAUUAACAAAGAUGAAAACAAAAUUGUGAUGAACUUUUUUAGAACCCUUGAGUCUUUUGCUUUUAGCCUUUUAUUUUAUAUAAUUUAUAUUAUUAUUAUUAUGCCCACAAGAUUGCUUUUGUAAAUGUUAAACAUUCAUAGUUUUGAUAUGGAUUCCCCCCGCCGCUAUUUAUUUAUUUAUAUGUUAUUUUUAACCCGUUUUUGCUAUUCAGGGACGUGUUUAUGUGCACUUUAAGACGAAAUGCUGUACUGUCUACACACGGUUAUAUUAUUUUAAACAUUGCGCUUGAAUAGCAUAAUUUCCGUUCAAAUUGAAUUUUCUAUUUCGCUGAAAGCAAAAUGAUUUUUUUUAAGCGUUUGGUAGCUAUUUCGUGAUUAGAGUUUUGAGUAGCCUUUAUCGUGUUUUAGUAUGUAAGGUAUUUUAGGAGAAACUUAAUGUAGGUAGCACUUUAAAUUGCAGAAGAGACGUUUAAGUUUAUUAUCUGUGCUGGUGUUGACACUAAUUUGAAACCAUAAUGGGUCGUGUGGUUUUUGGACGUGUUACCAAUACCACCAGCUGUUCUGAUUUUCCUCGCCGACACCCCGUUUGCUCCCUAACUGUUGCCCAUUUCUCGGGAGGAGUUGUGCUUGCGUAUGGCGAACAUUUAUUACUUUACUUACGAGACAUUGCCUCUGCUGUUGUACACGUAACACACAUGCUUAUGAGAAAUACGAUCGUGUUGAAUAAACUGUGAAGUUUA